AUGGAACCCUCUGCGUACCGUGCACGCGCCGCGGAGCAGGGGGAGUACGGCAUCUCGUGGAGUGCGGCCCGAGCCUACACUCACGGCGACCCGGCGGCAGCCGGCUGGGAUUUCGCACCUGGUCCUCACGGCUGGGCAUUUGGCUACGGCGGACACUACCCCGGCUAUGCGGCUGCUGGAUACGCUUACCCAGGGCCCAUGGCAGUGCCGCCCAUGGCAGUGCCACCUGGCUACACCGCAGUGAUGGCGGCACCGCCCUGGGGCUUUGCGCCUGCGCCUCCUGGCUAUGGCUAUGGCGAGCCGCCGCCAGGUUCGCCCGCAGCCAGCCUGCUCAGCAGCAGCAGCGGCGGCUGCAGCAGGGCGAGCGCAGGAAGCACGAGCAGCAGCGGCAAAGCCGGUGGCAGCACCGGGGCUUCCAGCAGCUCGGCAGCGAGCGGUGGCAGUGGCAGCGGCAGCGCCAACUCGGGAAGGCAGACGGCGGGAGGCUCGCUCUCCUCUGCAGCGGCCUCGCUGCCAGCCCCGGCCGGCGAGGGCGGCAGCAGCAGCACCGAAGCCGACUUUGAGCCCCGCACGCCAGACGCAACAGCAGACGCUCCAAACGAACACCCGGCAGCCCGGGCAGACCAGGCAGCAGCGGCUGCAGCUGGGGCAGCGCAGGUGGCAGCAGUGGCACACCGCCUGCAAGAGGCAGCUGUGCUCAAUGACGACAGCCCCACAGCCGCAGCGGCAGGACAGAGCCAAGCUGCUGCAGAGGCGGCUGCUCCCGCAGAUUUGGGCAAUCAGGCUGCUGCUGCUCCUGCUGAUGCCGCAGAAGAGCUGGCAGCACCAGUGCCUGCUGAGCCAGCCAGCUCGGCGGCGGAUGAGGGUGUGGCACAGGCGCAGCCCGCAGCAGCAGCGGCAGAGCAGCCCAGCCAUGCCCAAGCGGAGGAGCAGCCCAGCGGCGGCCAAGCCGCGGCCGCGGAUGCAGAGGAGCCUGCCUCGGCGCCGGCGCCAGCGCCCCCCGCUGCUGCGCCCCCACCACCCCCGGCGGAGUGCUGCAUCUGCCUGGACGCGCCUCCCGCGGCUGUGGGGGUGCCGUGUGGCCACGUCAGCCUGUGCGUGCCGUGCUCUGUGGCCUACCUGAAGGCCCACAAGGAGUGCCCCGCAUGUGCCGGCACGCUGGAGGGUCUCUUUGCCCGCGGGCGCGGCCUGCUGCAGCCCAGCGCGUGGGGCAGGCGGUAG